AUGGAUAUUCUAGACACCUCAAGGUCGCAGUUAGAUGUCUUCAGCAUCAUCGAGAGGGCCUGCUCCGUCUUCUCCCUGCUCGGAUGCGUCAUAAUCAUCACGAGUUUCUCUCUUUCCAAAGCCUUCCACAAGCCCAUCAACCGUUUGGUGUUUUACGCUUCCUUUGGCAACCUUAUGACCAAUGUCGCAACUCUCAUGGCCCGCUCCUUCAUCAAUGAUGGAAACUCUGCAGGUUGCCAGUUUCAGGCCUUCCUCAUUCAGAUGUUCAUGCCCGCCGACGCGUUCUGGACAUUGGCCAUGGCCGUCAAUGUUUACUUGACCUUUUACUUCAAGUUUGAUGCGCAGCAGCUACGGAGGAUGGACAUCCCUUACAUCGUGUGCUGCUAUGGGAUCCCGUUUAUCGUCGCUUUAACCUUCAUCUUCGUGUCGGCGCCAGACAAAGGCCGCAUGUACGGCAACGCCUCGUUGUGGUGCUGGAUCAGUUCGCCAUGGGACAUCUUCCGCAUUGCCACGUUUUACGGGCCCGUCUGGAUCGUGAUUCUCAUCACCUUUUUCAUCUACAUCCGCGCCGGACGCGACAUAUACAAGAAGCACAAGCAGUUGCGCGAGUUCACGAGCUACAGCCACCACGACCCCGAACCUCUUCCUCCCAUGGACGACACCUUCAGCUCGAGCAAGACGACCGAGGUCUUUGUUACGACCGAGGUCCUCGACAGGGAACGCCGCCUCGACGUGACGCAGCUCGGCGCCAGCGGCCGUCGCCCGUCGACAUCGUCAACGAUAGCGCCGAAGCUCCCAAACAAUGCCGCGUACUCGGUGACCAUCUCGUCGAGCCGGCGCGCCGCCGAGCGCAUGUCUUAUGGCGACGUUGUCUUGCCUAUUCAGACCAACGUCACCAUCGAGUCCCGAGCCGCGCCGCCGCGUGCCGCGAACCCCAUGCGCCGCAAGGCCGCAUUCGAGGCGAACAGCGCCACCUGGUCAUACACCAAGUGCGCCAUCCUCUUCUUCACGGCGAUGCUGGUGACGUGGAUCCCGUCGAGCGCGAACCGCGUCUACUCAGUCGUGCACAACAAUCGCGCGUCGGUGCCGCUCGAGUACAUGAGCGCCUUCGUGCUGCCGCUGCAGGGGUUCUGGAACGCCAUCAUCUACGUCGUGACGUCUUGGAAGGCGUGCAAGAUGCUAUUCGAGGACACCCUUGGGUCGUCGUCGUCCCGGCGGGCCAAGGUGCUGCCCGCGCGUGUCGGCGGCUCCUUCCAGAUGAUGAGCAGCGGCCGCAACGGCUCAAAGGCCAGCGGCAAGUCGUACGAGAGCGAGAGCAUGACGGAGCUCGCAAACAGCCGCCCCAGCUCCAACAACGACCGCAAGUACUCGGAGUACCCGAAGUCGCGCCAAUAG